UGCUAAUAUUACGAGUGAGGAGACGUCGCGUCAACCGAAAGUUCGAGAGCUGCGACACCGCGCUCAGAGUACGUUGUUCGUCGUUGGAAACGAGUUCAAGGACGCACCGGAGAGUGCGGUGUUGGAGGAGGCUUCUGGUGAGAGUUCGGACGUUGAGAUGGAGACGCAGGCCGAGGAAUUGAUGGAAGGGAUGGCGGAGUGGAGCGCUCUGUUGUCGGAAACGUUGUUAGGAUACAUUUGGCUGUGUCUGUUCCAUGGACUCGCACCCAUGGUCUGGUUCUAUCCACUAAACGAACUCGACAUCACCGGAUACGAACUAUUCAUUGUUCUAUUGCUGUCGCCACUCCUCCUCGUCAUUCCUCCCGUUAGAUACUUUGCUACAUCGACGGUCGGACUAAGUAUACUUCGUGCCGUAUCAGUGCUGUGUUUGGCAUCGUUUCAAGCUCAGACGACACUCAUGAGGCUCAUAGUUCUGUCCGUUGGUUGUGCAGCAGCUAACAUUGCCAUGUUUGGGAUCUACUAUGGAGGAUGCAGAUCGAGGAGACGUCACACUUCAGUUUGGGGAUUUCUUCUUGCUCACAUUCUCCUUUUGUCUCUUCGCAUCUGGUGGGUCUCACUAAACGCAGUCUGGACAGACAAGAACGUCAACUCUCUCGUCCUCGUCCUUGGAUUGCUCUCCGUUGUAGAAUUUCUCUACUCAAAUGAGGAACUGAAAACAACCAAGCAACAACGCAGAGAGUCAACAGUCGCAAUGGAAUCGUCGUCUUGGCCCCUGGUGGGAAUCGGCGCCGGCUCGUUGUUGUUCCUGACUCACUGGGUGUACAGUGAGGUAUCAGUUGUGUUUCGAUGGGCCGUUUCCGGUCACCCAGACACGGGACUUGAACCAAACCCGUGGGGAGUGACUGUCCUUAUCGGCUCGGCAGUAGGCGUUUGUGUUGUCUCAUCGACGCGGUUGCCUACGUCCGUCGUCUGGUGGUGUGUCAGUCUCGUCGGCGGUUUAAAUCUUUGCUACUCUUCCGUGUAUCUUGCAGCUGCCGGUGGGAUCGCCCUGUCUGUGUACACGUUCUCAGUGUGGCCGGCGAUGAUUAAACUGUUGAUGUCAAGUCCCGGGAUUCGGACACUCGUGUUGACAUUUUUUGUCUAUAUUGUGCAUGUAUUGGCCGCUAUCUGGGUAGUCGCUUACAACUUCGUUCCGAUUGGUGGAGCAAUAGCGAGGGAACAGACUGGACCGUUGAUGGUCGUUGUUAUGCUUGGCAUCGGGUUUCCUCUUGUUCUCCAACGAAAGGAACACGAUGAUGUAAUGCAGAGAAAGAGGAGCAGACAGGAAAGUUGUAAGACCAAGUCUUUUCCUCAUGGAACCAAAACAGUUGUGAUCGUGUUUGUUGUAUUUGGGUUGGUAGCAAUGGGCGCUCGGUAUCACCACAGAAACUACGUCAAUGCUGUUUCUGAUCAUCCGGACGAAUUUACCUCGAUGAUAUGGACGAUUCACUUUGCGUACGACAACUACGGUUGGCCAAGUCUCGAACGGAUGGCAACACUGAUUAACAACUCAGGAGCUGACGUCAUUGGACUACUUGAAACCGAUGCCUCUCGUCCGUUUCUUGGGAAUCGUGACCUCACCAUGUGGCUCGAAGAACGAUUGGGUUUCUAUGCUGAUUUUGGUCCUGCAACAAGGACUCAUACAUGGGGAGCUAUGUUACUGUCAAAGCAUCCGAUCAUCUCUUCAAAUCAUCAUCUUCUUCCAUCUCCUGAGGGUGAGCUUGCGCCUGCGAUUAGUGCAACUGUCAAUGUCAGUGGCAAGCUGGUCGACUUCGUUGUUGUCCAUAUGGGCAACGAUAGGGAUGAUCUGGAUCGGCGGCUACAGGCUCAAGAGUUGGCCAACAUACUAAGAGACUUUCAAAAUCCUGCCGUGUUCUUGGGGUAUGUGACAUCGGCGCCCGGCAGCCGCGACUACAAGAAACUUAUCUCUGAUGGCGGCGUUAAGGACAUUGAUGAGACGGACAUGGAUCGUUGGUGUCAAUAUAUUUUCUAUAAGAACCUCAUUAGAUUGGGUUAUGCUCGGAUUUCUCAUAGUGGGUUAAGUGAUACUGAAGCUCAGUUAGCCAAGUUCAGAUUUACUAAAUCGCCGGAUGAUGCUGACCAUGGUAGAAUUACAGUUUAUCCGGAAGACGUCCCUGAACAUCUACACUUCCCAUCCAAGUUCGGUUCCUAUUACGAACAAUCAUACAAACGGUGGGACAAGCAUCACUACCAAGACAGAACGCCCAAAUACUUUCUUCCCUAAUAGACUUCAAUUCUCUUUACUACGUAAACAGCAAUCGUAAACUGUGAUCAAC